GCAAUUGGCGAUAGCCGAUUUGAGCCGAAUAUAUAUUUCAAAGGUGCCGAAACGGUCACUCCGCUGACCACAAGCGACGGCGACGCGCGAAGAGAAUAUCAAUAAAUAGUUUUAAUUUAGCUUAAUUAGCCGCAAAUAAGUGUUGCUGGUCCGCAGCAGCCGUUAAGUUCAAAGUAACCAAAGUCAAUUAAUCGAGCUUCUCAGCAACUAGUGAAAAAAUGCCGAACAGUGGAACCAACGCAACACCGCUGCCGCAGCCACAGCACCAGCAAUUCGCGCUGCUGCCGAAGAUCAUUAACGGUGGAAUCGCGGGAGUCAUCGGAGUGACAUGUGUCUUCCCACUGGAUUUGGUCAAGACGAGGCUGCAGAACCAGCAGAUCGGACCCAAUGGCGAGCGCAUGUACAACAGCAUGUUCGAUUGCUUCCGCAAGACGUACAAGGCCGAAGGAUACUUUGGCAUGUACCGCGGCUCUGGCGUGAACAUCCUGCUGAUCACACCUGAGAAGGCCAUCAAGUUGACCGCCAACGACUACUUCCGCCACAAGCUGACCACCAAGGAUGGCAAGCUUCCGCUGACCAGUCAGAUGGUUGCCGGCGGUCUCGCCGGUGCCUUCCAGAUUAUCGUUACCACGCCCAUGGAACUUCUCAAGAUCCAAAUGCAGGAUGCGGGACGCGUGGCGGCGGCGGCCAAGUUGGCUGGCAAGACGGUGGAGAAGGUGUCGGCCACCCAGUUGGCUUCGCAGCUUAUCAAGGACAAGGGCAUCUUUGGUCUGUACAAGGGUAUUGGAGCCACAGGACUGCGAGAUGUCACCUUCUCCAUAAUUUACUUCCCCCUGUUCGCCACACUCAAUGACCUAGGUCCACGGAGAAACGAUGGAUCUGGUGAGGCUGUGUUCUGGUGUUCUUUCCUGGCGGGGUUGGCGGCCGGUUCCACCGCUGCCCUCGCAGUUAAUCCGUUUGACGUGGUCAAGACACGCCUGCAGGCGAUUAAGAAGGCCGACGGCGAGAAGGAGUUCAAGGGCAUAUCCGAUUGUAUCACUAAGACGCUGCAGCACGAGGGACCCACCGCCUUCUUCAAGGGCGGCCUGUGCCGAAUGAUUGUGAUUGCUCCUCUGUUUGGAAUCGCUCAAACGGUCUACUAUCUGGGCGUGGCUGAGGGCCUGCUGGGCUAUCAGAAAAAGUAGGGGGUUUCGUGUGG